AUGGAGACAAUUUUUCAGUUGUCUGGAGAACCCCCCAAGUAUGAUAAAGAAGAGAUGUGUACUCUUGAACUCCACCACUUUGGUAUGUUGGAGAAUGGCAUGUAUAAGGGAGGCAAACAUGAUCCUACUCAUAACAACGAGCUAGAGAGUGAAGAUAAAGGGCAACAACAACAUAGUGAAGAUGUUGGCAAUGAAGAUGAAUAUGAAGAGGAAGAGGAGGAGGAGGAGGAUGUUAUUGUUGACAGUGAUUAUGAAAUAAGUGAAGAAGAAGAAAAUGGUAAUAAAGAGGCUGCAUCAAGAGCACAACCAAGGAACGAUGCACCAAAUGAUGAAUAUGCACAAUGUUUUGAAGAGAUGAAUGAAAUGCCUCUUAAUGAAGCUACAGGGGAGAUAUCAGAUGAUGAUCAAGAUAGUGAUCGACUUCCUUCUGAUGAUGAUAGCUCUAGUGAUGAGGAAGAAGGGAGGAAUAUUAAAUUGGUGAAGAAUGAUAAUAAAAGGAUUCAAGCAAAGUGUGCAGGUCACACGAAAUGCCCUUUUAUUCUCUGGGCUUCCAAGAUAGACAGAGAUGAGCAGACAUUUGCCAUAAAGAGUCUGUCCUUAGAGCAUGAGUGUCCUAGAGUGGACAAACUGAAAUAUACUAAUUCAAGGUGGCUGUCCAAAAGGUUUGCUGACAAGAUUAGGAAAAAUCUUGACUGGGAUGUAGGGGCAUUCAAGGCUGAGGUUUUAGAAAAGUACCAUAUGAAUGUUUCAAAGCAUCAGAUUUAUAGAGCAAAGAACUUGUCCAAGGUGAUCAUUGAAGGCAGCUAUGUGGAGCAAUAUGCGAAGCUAUGGGACUAUGUAGAAAAAUUGAAGAAGGCUAACAAGGGCAGCACUAUGAUUAUAAAGAAUAAGAUGAAGGAUGGCUGCCAUUUAAAGGGACCUUACACUGGGCAAGUUUUAACAGUCGUUGGUAUUGAUGGGAAUAAUGGACUGUACCCAGUUGCUUAUGCUGUUGUAGAGGUGGAAUCAAAAAACUGGUCAACAAGUCAGCUUUCUUUGGUGUGCGAGCGUGCCACUGCUAGUAAUGAAAAGUCUAGCAGACUUAGUCUGGAAUGGAUAACUUGCGCCCCAAGUUACUGA